AUCAUAGUAGUAUUACAUGUUUUAAAUUUGUAAUCGGACAGUCGUGUGUCAACAAUUUUGAUGUGACUUACCUCCGGGUCCGUAUAUAGCCCAUUAUUUAUAUCAGUCAGCUUCGCCAUCGAUAGUCGUUGUCGCACCUUAUGGCGUCUUGUCGGGACGUUGAAGGAUGGUGCAUCGUAUCAAAGCUUCGUGAACUUGAUUUUACUCUUUGCUUUGAGGAAGGCGUCAUUUUAACAUCUCUUUUGGCUUUACUGCUACUGUCGGCAACAUGCAGAAUUUGGGCUUUGAGAUAUCUUCCGUCUCGUGAUAUCUCGCGGAAAAGUCGAUGGAUGUUAUGGGCGAAACUGAUUUUGUUGGGACUGGCCAUUGUUGCGUCCUGCUUCAACCUCUUCAUCGUCUUGUCACUCAAGAGAACAGCAUCGGUUGUGUGGCCUUACAUCCUCGAACCACUCGCGCUACUUGCGUCUUGGAUACUCACCCGGCUGAACCAUCGUCGGACACGGGCAUCAUCAACUAUCCUCCUACUAUUUUGGCCUUGUUACACCGUCGGUCUCGCAAUAUGGACUAGAUCUUUCGUGCAGGGCGAAGCUUCCAAGGGUCUUUUCGUAGUUCUUUCAAAAUGGGCCGUCGAACUUUUCUCUCUCCCGGCAUACGCGCUGGAGUGCGUCUCCCCUGAUGAUUCGGUCCAGGAUAAUACAGAGAGCCCGAUAGUCACGGCAAAUGUAUAUAGUAUCUGGUCAUUUGCGUGGUUGACGCCAUUGAUGCAGAAAGGUUCGAAAGAGUUCAUCACUGAAAACGACUUGCCUGCUUUGCUUCCCCGUGACGAGUCAGAGAAUCUCGGAAACGAUCUAGAGAAUGCUCUGGAAAAACACUCGUCCGUAUGGCUCGCAUUGUUCCUAUCUUAUGGUGGCCCGUAUGCGGGUGCUGCAGCCUUGAAAAUCUUGCAGGAUAUUCUUGCAUUCCUGCAACCUCAACUUCUCCGAUGGCUCCUGGCAUACAUCUCGAACUAUCAGAGCACCAAAGGCGCGUCUAACCUCCUUGUUGGUCCGAGUCCACUCGAGGGAUAUGUCGUUGCUAUCAUCAUUUUCGUUGUUCUCCACCAGUACUUCCAAAUCUGUUUCGAGACAGGUAUGCGUGUCCGCGCUGGCUUGGUGACUGCCAUCUACAAAAAGUCUCUCGUGCUUUCUAGCGAUGAGCGAGGGAGUCGGGCAUCUGGAGAUAUUGUCAACUUGAUGUCCGUCGAUGCGAGUAGACUACAGGAUCUAUGCACCUAUGGUCUGAUUGCGAUCUCUGGACCAUUCCAGAUUACACUGGCUUUUGUAUCGUUGUACAACCUUCUCGGAUGGUCAGCUUUUGUCGGAGUUGCGAUCAUGAUCAUCUCUAUUCCGCUAAAUACGGCAAUUGCACGGAUGCUAAAGAAGAUGCAAGAACAACAAAUGAAGAAUCGCGAUCGCCGAACGAGGCUAAUGAGCGAGCUUCUGGCCAAUAUUAAAAGCAUCAAGCUUUAUGCAUGGGAAUAUGCAUUCAUCCGCCGCGUUCUGCAUGUGCGCAAUGAUUUGGAGCUGAAGAUGUUGAAGAAAAUUGGGGUCGUAACGGCUCUCAACACGACGCUUUGGGGAGGCAUUCCUUUAAUCGUCGCGUUUAGUUCUUUUGCCACCGCAUCUGUGUUCUCGUCGCGACCACUCACGGCUGACGUCAUCUUCCCUGCGAUCUCACUGUUUAUGCUUCUCCAGUUCCCACUUGCUAUGUUCAGUCAAGUCACGUCGAACAUCAUCGAGGCACUUGUUUCCGUCAAACGCCUGUCAGAUUUCCUGCACGCUGAGGAGCUGCAACAAAAUGCCCUCGUGAAGGUGCAGAAAAGCACUCUGAACAUUGGUGACGAGGUGCUUUCAAUCAAAGGUGGCGAGUUCCAGUGGAACAAACAAGAUAUUUCAGCUGCUCUGGAAGAUAUAAACUUGACGGUGCAUAAGGGGGAACUAGUGGGUGUACUUGGUCGUGUGGGCAGCGGGAAGAGUAGCUUGUUGUCAGCGAUUAUCGGGGACAUGCGAAAGGCAGAGGGUGAGGUGGCUUUGUCCGGCAAUGUAGCUUAUGCCGCUCAAAAUCCUUGGAUUCUUUCUGCGUCGGUUCGAGAUAAUAUCCUUUUUUCACACGAGUACGAUGAGGUGUUCUAUAACCUUGUUAUUGAAGCUUGUGCUUUGAAGCCCGACUUAGAGCUUCUCCCACAGGGUGAUCUGACAGAGGUCGGCGAAAAGGGUAUUGGUGGUCAACGUGCUCGUGUCGCGCUUGCUCGUGCGAUCUAUGCUCGUGCAGAUCUGGUUCUCCUUGAUGAUGUUUUAGCUGCCGUCGAUUCCCAUGUUGCCCGACAUGUCUUUGAUCAUGUUAUCGGUCCUCAAGGCUUACUUGCAACGAAAGCGCGCGUUCUUGUCACUAACAGCAUCUCGUACCUCAAGUAUUUCGAUCAACUUGUUUACCUGCGCCGCGGUAUUAUCUUGGAGAGUGGCUCGUACGAUGAGUUGAUGUUGAAUCCGGAUAGUGAAGUGCGCAAGCUUGUUCACGGUCAUGCCACGAGCGGUUCCAACUCUGGAAUGACCACACCUGGACGGUCCAGCGGCAUAGAAAGUUUCACAAAAGCUGUCCUCGCUACGGCGCCCAAGCUGCGCGACGCGUCUUCCGAUGGCAUCACGAAAGAGCACAGUGAACAGGGCCGCGUCAAGAUGGAAGUGUACUCGCAGUACCUCCGAGCAGCAUCGAAAAAAGGGUUCCUGUUCUUUGUACUUGCUACGGUUCUGCAGCAGGUGGUAUCUGUCAUGUCGACCGUAAUGCUCAGGCUCUGGGGCGAGCAUAACCGCGAGAUGGGUGCCAACGCGGGAUUGACCGACAAGUAUUUCCUGGGAUAUGGUCUGUCCAAUUUGAUGGCCAUUUUCUUAGGCGCAUGUGCUGCGCUUCUGAUUUGGGUUUUCUGCUCGCUUCGGAGCUCAAAGCACCUUCAUGAUUCGAUGCUGCAUUCGGUCAUGCGUGCGCCUCUCAGCUUUUUCGAGACAACGCCAACGGGACGUAUCCUGAACUUGUUUUCUCGUGAUACAUAUGUUGUCGAUCAAAUCCUGGCGCGAGUGAUCCAAAAUAUGAUACGCACAAGCGCGGUCUGCGCUUCUAUUUUAUUGGUCAUCGGGUUCAGCUUCCCGCCCUUCUUGAUCGCCGUCGUUCCUCUGGCAUGGUUUUACUACAAGAUCACCGUGUACUAUCUCGCGACGUCACGUGAACUCAAGCGUCUGGAUGCGGUGUCCCGCUCACCCAUCUUUGCGUGGUUCUCAGAAUCCUUGGCUGGAAUUUCCACUAUCCGGGCUUACGACCAACAAGCCGUCUUCAUUGCGAACAAUGCUCGCCGCAUUGAUCGCAACCAGUUGUGCUACCUUCCUAGUACUGCCGUCAACCGUUGGCUUGCAGUAAGAUUGGAAUUUGUUGGAGCAGUGAUUAUCUUUGUCACGGCUGCUUUGGCUGUCUCUGCCGUUAUGACCAGCAACGUUGAUGCAGGAUUGGUCGGUCUAGUUCUGUCAUAUGCUUUGAACACAACAGGUUCACUGAACUGGUUCGUCCGCUCCGCAAGUGAAGUCGAACAGAAUGUGGUUAGCGUCGAGCGUAUCGUCCACUAUGCGAAAGACCUUGAGCCAGAAGCUCCUUAUGAGAUCCCUGAGAAUAAGCCCACCUCUGAGUGGCCCACAGCUGGGGAAGUUGAAUUCCGGGAGUACUCAGCACGGUAUCGGCCCGGGCUUGAUCUAGUCCUCAAGGAUAUUUCCAUGACCAUAAAACCGAAAGAGAACAUCGGAAUAUGUGGCCGGACUGGGGCAGGGAAAUCAUCGCUUCUUCUUACCCUCUUCCGGAUCAUCGAGCCUGCAUCUGGAGCUAUCCUCAUUGACGAAGUAGACAUUACCAAACUUGGCUUGCAUGAUUUGCGGUCCGCGAUAUCCAUUGUUCCUCAAAACCCAGAUUUGUUCGAGGGCACAUUACGAGAGAACAUUGACCCUGUUGGCGAGCAUCAGGAUGUUGAUAUAUGGACUGCUUUGGAACAUGCCCAUCUGAAGGCAUAUGUUGAUUCACUCCCUGGGGGACUAGAUGCCCCAGUUCAGGAGGCCGGAUCAUCGCUUUCAGCAGGUCAGAGACAGCUCUUGUGUUUCGCGAGGGCGCUCUUGCGCAAGACUAAAGUGCUCGUCCUCGAUGAAGCAACAUCUGCAGUUGAUCUAGAUACCGACCGAGCGAUUCAAGAAAUCAUCCGGGGUCCAAUCUUCCGUGAUGUGACCAUUCUAACUAUUGCGCACCGCUUGAACACGAUCAUGGAGUCUGAUAGGAUUCUGGUUCUAGAUGCUGGGAGGAUUGCAGAAUUUGAUACUCCAAAGAAGCUGCUGGAGAACAAGAGUUCUAUCUUCCGUUCUAUGGCGAUGGAGGCCGGUCUAGUUCAGGUCCAGCUUGAUGAUGCAGAAGUGAACGCACAGGAGUAAAUAUACCUAAUCAUGCACAACAUUUCUUGGUCUUAUUCAGAAACAUGACGUUAUAGCUAUGUAGAUUGCCAUAUUUUUGCUCUGAAUCUUAUGUUUCGCUGUCAGCUAUUCAAUAUUCAAUCGUGAGACUCGAUAAUGCAAUUGGGGUGCCCC